CCAUUUGGUACAGCAGGUAAUGUGGGCUAGUCCGCGGAUUCUCCGAUAGUAGAACGUAUGUUGGACGUUUGUACGCAUCAGCCGUAUAUAAGCUCGGGCUUCAUGUGUGAUAAGGACAGUUGUAUCACAGCAGAGUAUGGCAGCACACGUGGAGGUAUUGGUCAUACUGGUGAUCGCCGUGACCAUUAUAGCCGGUUUUAAUACCAGGCUAGACUGUCCGUCCGUCCCUGUCAUUUCCAACUUUAACCCAAAGAAGUAUGCGGGUAUAUGGUACGAGAUCGAGAGGUUUGAUAACCCGUUACAGCAGAACACAACAUGUAUUUCAUUCAAGUAUUGCCCGAAAAAAAAUGGCGAUAUGAGAGUGUCCUACAGCAGAUUAGAGCAGGCAACACAGAAAGUGAAAACCAAAGGCAUCCUUAGGAACGUGUAUUGUAAACCAAACCAUUUCAAACUUUACCUCGAAAACAUCAAUGGUCUAGAUCAGGACGUCAUAUACACGGACUACAAAAAUCACGCGGUCUUGUAUGGAUGUGACAACGCGACAAAACUGGAAUGGGCUUUUAUUUUGUCCCGAACGAGAAAACCCAUUAAAAGGAAGAGGCGUUUGUAUCGUUACUUGAAAGACCUUGGUGCCGGGAUCGACCAACUAGUCACGUCCGAUCAAACCGGAUGUGACGCAAUAUGUUCCAAACAAUGUUGAAAUAAAUUCAGCAUGAAAUAAACUCAGUGAAACAAAGUAAAAUGUCGCGUGUGUUGUUAUAUAUAACAUUUAUCGGCUAAGUCAAACCAUGUAACUAUCACUGUUCACCUAGAGUUGAAUCAUACAGAACUUUGGAAAUAUUAUUAGCAAAUGAGCGAAAAAACAGACUACAACUUUAAGUGUCGAAUCUAAAUCUCACUGACAUUUAAAAUCAGCUAUUCAAUUAAAAUAGCAGCAUUUAAUGACAAAAUACCAACAUGAUCACAAGGAACGUAAACAUAUUGAAACGUUUGAGUGUCUGACCUAACCUAACCUACUAAUUCCUUAUAUAACCGAUAAUCUCAGCAUUUACAGUCCAAUAUGAAGAUAUUAAAACAGCCACGACACUCCUGUGCCGUUAUUUAAUUACAAAUACUUCAAAACCAUCAGGUCAUCUCGACCCGAUCAGAUGAUCGAGUGUAAUAUGGAGUUUAUUAAAUGUAUUCUUGAACUCUC